AUGUGUGCCCGAUCAACGGAAUCCAGCACGAAGAAAGCCGCUUAUUCCGCUCUUCAAGCAGUAUGUCCCGAACCCUCGGAUUUACUUACUUUCGUCAUGUUUUGUGAAAUGGUGAGCGGGGGAACAGGGUGGGGUAGGGCACAACGCCGAGCCGUUUCUGACUGGUACAACAGCUUCAGCGACAGGCCCAUGGAACUAGCAGAAGGCGUUACGAAAGUACAAAAAAAUGGUCAGUGGACCCAUAAAGAUGUUGCCAGGUUGUCGCAUGUGAAACCAGACUCCCCAUUCAUCAUGUUGAUCCUGAGAUAUGUCACUAAAGGUCUAAACGAAUCAAAGAAAUUACCAUCGCCAAUUGACCGCGACCAAGCCAAACAAUGGCAGGACAUCCUCCAAUACCUCGAGGCGGUUAACAACACACGUCAGUGUACUGGAAGCAUGGAAGUUCAGGGGAAAAUCGAUAUCAUAAGGAAAUAUAGGCUGGAAACCUCGCAAAUGUCUGCGGCACUCAUGAGGUCCACACUUGUUUGGGAAGUUUUGCUGAACCAAAUUCCUCUUGAUCUGGUCAUUCAGAACAUUUCGAAGAUAGACCAAUUAGAUGACCAGAAGACAAUUCUUGAGAGACUGGGAGAUGUGGAACAGCUACAAAAUGCAAACGUGAACCCAUUCGCAGUUGUACUUGCAAUGAAGGAAACAAAUGACGAAAACGUCAAGAAGACACUGGCACAAUCUUUUGAACUUUGUGUCCGUAAUGUAAAACCAACAGACAAAAAAUAUUCUUUGGUGCAUUGGGUAGGCAAGGAACUAGACUCUAAACUUCAGGAAAAAAACCCAGUUACUAUUGGAGACGCCAUAGCUACAAUGGCGACUAUAAUUGCAAGAGCAACACACAGAGACUCGGAAAUUGUCACGUACACUUCCGGGGAAAAGAUUAAGCUGGAAUUCCCUAGUACAGACGCUUUGGCUUGCACGAACAAUUUAAUUGCAGUAAAUGGGUCACUAUCGGUUCUUGUACAACAUGUGGAAGAGGCACUGGAUUCAUUCGACGCCAUUAUAGUGCUUUUAUCCUCCCCAGCUGAGAAAUUCAAACAGACAUUUUCAAGGUUUCACUUCGGCGUCGGCACAACUCGACUUGUUAUUGUCAACUUUGCCAGCAGUGACGUAACAGUAGAGGAUCCAAAAAAUCCAUUUAUGCUCGAGGUGGUGGGGUUCAGUGUCAAUACAACAGAAGCCAUCAUGCGUUUUGUAGAAGGACAUUAA